UCUCCUCCCUCCCUCUAGUUCAGUCAUGACCUUCCCAGCCCCUCCCCUCUUCUCCCUUCCUCUCCUCCUUCUCCUUUUUCACCUGGACUCCGCCCUCACCUGUCGUACUGCCAGCCAAUCCCAGUGUGACUCCGCCCCCUUCGUCCCCGGUCACAACCUGGCAGGGGAGGGGUUUGACGUGGUGACCCUGAAACGUAAAGGGGCCUACCUGAUCGACCUGAAGACCUACCUGUCCCCCAAUAAAACCUGUACACUGUGUAGUAACCCCCUACAGGGGAACGAGCUGCAGAAAAUACCCCUGUCUGUUGUAGACUGGAGGCCCUACAGCCACUGUACUGAGGAUAUCUCCAGCCACUCUCAUGCCUCUGUCAGUAACUUGGCAGAGGCUACUGCCAACGAGAACUCUAAAGACUGGAAGGUGGAUCUGGAUCUGGGUCUGGAGAAUGGGGUAUCUGUUGGCAUAGAGAUGGGAGGGUCGCAGUCAGAUAUAACCAGAUUUGCCAAGAAGAAGACCAGAGACAACCGCUACUCCUUCUUUUCGCAGAUUCUCCGCUGCCGCCACUACAGUUAUCGCACGCCAAACACUCCAACUCUCAGCGAUGAGUUCCGUAAGGACAUUGAUCGUCUGGACUCAUACUCUGAGACCUCUAAGGCCCAGUACCGCCGGCUCAUAGACACCUAUGGGACUCACUACAUCCGCCAGGUUGACCUGGGAGGCCGGCUGACGAUGACCACAGCAAUACGCACCUGUCAGGCUUCACACAGUGGCCUCUCUACAAACCAGGUGGAAUCCUGCUUGUCCACAGGUCUUGAUGUGGGCCUGGGGAGAAGUAAAGUUUCCCCUAGCGUCCAAAGUUGCUCCAAAGUUCUGGACAACCGUGACUCGAAGACCUCCGACAGCUCUAGCUUCCUCAGCCACCACACCAAGGUGGUGGGAGGCUCCGGUUGGCUGGGGGAGCUGUCACUCAACCGUAAUGACUCAGUGGGGUUCCGUAGUUGGAUGAGCACCCUGACGCCAUCUCCUAUUCUCUGAGGCCUCUGCACGUGCUCAUACGUGACAAGAGGGUCCGGGAGAGAGUGAAGGAGGCUGUCCUAGAUUACCUGAAGGAGAAUGCCCUCCCGAAGAGCACCGGAGAACUGUCCUGUGGGAGCCGUGACCCAAACUGCUGCCUCAAAGAGUCCUCGAAGGGAACACUGGAAGUGACGGUGGACAAAGCCUGGGGUCUGGCAGGAGACUGGUUUUCUGGAGUCACUCAUUCGUAUGCUGUGGUCCAAUACGGCACAUCUCCGCCCAAACAAACCCCUGUGAUCAAAUCUUACAAUCCUGUGUGGAACACUGCCUUUAACAUGGGGCGCGUGGACACAAACCUGGCGCUAAAGGUGGAGGCCUGGGAUCAAGACAUGAUCAGCGAUGACCUACUGGGUGGCUGUACCAUCGUCCUCCAGCAGGGGACACACAGAGAGGAGUGUGGGGCCAGCUGGGGAGGCAUCCAAUUCACCUACAGUCUCACCUGUGACCCACACCUGACCGGGGACCAGUGUGAAACCUACAAGCCUUCCACCUCUGGGUAGUGACACCUGGAUAGGGCAUUGAGCUCAUUGGCUCCUUGGUUUGACAUAGACUCCUGUAGUAUGGAAUAGUCUCGGUACUGUCUCUACUCGUUAGGCUACAGUAAGAGUCUGCAUCUCUUCUCUAGCUUUUCCAGCCACAGUUCAGCUCUAUGGUCAUUCAUUUACAUCUCUUCAUGUCUUCAUCUGUCAUGUAUAAUCAGGUGGUAUAUAGGAUUCAACUGACUCUGUCAUUCAACUAAAUAGGGACUAUACUGUUGAUUUGAUAUUCUGUAUAUC